AUGUCGUAUCCCGGCCCUCCAGGUGUCAACUCGUCGCACCCUUCUCUCCCGCCGCGCCCGCCGCCGGGCACCGCCGCCUCGAAGCCCAAGUUCUCGUCCACAUUCUCUUCUUCUUCGGCAGCUCCCACCACCUACGGCCCAGCCGCUCCUCCUCCCGCCACAUCCUCAUACUCCUCCGCCUCCGCCUAUUCCAGCGCCGCAGCACCCCCCACCAGCUAUGGCGCCGCUCCUACUCCUCGCUACGGCGCCUCGUCGCAGCCCGCCUCGUCCUACGGCAGCUACUCGCGGCACACUCCGGUGAGUGGUAGCGGAAGCGGCUCAUACUCGCAACCCACUACAUCAUACGGCUACGGCGCUCAAGGCUAUGGAGCCCAGCAACCACAGACCUCAUACGGCGCUCAAGCGACGACCUACGGCGCGCCGCCGCAGAUCCGCAACCCGUUCCCUGCACCCGGAGCAGCGCCGGCAGCAGCCAGCCAGGGCGGCAACGACUACGACCCGGACAUGGCCGCGCAGAUCGCCCAGUGGCAGAGCGCCUACAUCCCCAAAGACCAGCAAGAGGCGGCGGCGGCGGCAGCGGCGGCUGACCCGAAAGGCAACAGCCGCGCCGCAGGCGUCGCGGGAUACCCGUCUGGCAUAGGCGUCGGCACCGAUGGGACAUCCGACGCCACCACGGCCGCAGCAGCUACCGCCGCCGCCGGCCAGCAAGGCGACAAGAAGAAGACGGUCUACCGCUCCGGCGGCGGCAAGCAGUGGGCCGACGACACCCUGCUCGAGUGGGACCCGAGCCACCUGCGGCUCUUCGUGGGCAACCUCGCCGGCGAGACGACGGACGAGUCCCUGCUCAAGGCCUUCUCGCGCUGGAAGUCGGUGCAAAAGGCCAAGGUCGUGCGCGACACGCGCACCUCCAAGUCGCGCGGCUUCGGCUUCGUCAGCUUCAGCGACCCGGACGACUUCUUCCAGGCCGCCAAGGAGAUGAACGGCAAGUACAUCCAGAGCCACCCCGUCACCGUCUCCAAGGCCAAGACGGAGAUUCGCGUCUCCAGCGUCCGGGACGACAAGAGGGGCAAGAAGAACGACCACCGGAACAAGAAGAACAAGGCCGGCGGCGGCGGCGGCCACCACCACGGCGGUAGCGGCAGCGGCAGCGGGACAUCGACGCCGCUGGGCUACGAGCCGCAUCUGGGCCCCUCGGGAGGCGGCGUGGUCAAGAGUGGGCAGAAGACCAAGGGCGGCCUGAAGCUGCUCGGAUGA